GGCUUCAGCCAGGAUUACUUGUAGCAACGAGCCCGGCAUCAAACAACAACACGACAAGCAGGAAGACUUAGUGCGAUACUCGUUCUCACCUGUUGAAUCAAUCCAAAACCCGCCGAGAUUAACCGCUGACAGGGCGAAACUACAGACAGCUGUUUGGACAUCUGGAAUCACCAAGUCAGUGAGAAUGAGUAACAAGGCCACUGGGGCGCAGACCAUCCGAGAAGCGCUUACGGGGCAAAAUGAAGAGGACGAGGACGAGGAAGGAAAGGGGACAGAAGACGAGGAAUCCAGAGCCUGCGGUGUGUGUGGAGAUCUGGCCAAGGGUUACCACUUUAAUGCCUUGACAUGCGAAGGCUGCAAGGGCUUCUUCAGACGUGCCAUAAAGAGGUCAACGCAGCUCCGCUGUCCGUUCCUGAAUAAAUGCACUAUAACCAAAAACAACCGACGGUCGUGUCAAGCCUGCCGCUUCCGUAAAUGCCAGGCCAUAGGCAUGCGUCAAGAAAUGGUCAUGUCUGAGAAGGAGGUGUUGGAGAGGAGGAUCCGCAUCAAGAAGAAGAAGAUGCUCGUUGCAACAAUCCAGCUUUCCUCCCAACAAGAGGAAACAAUUCAGGAGCUACUCUGUGGCCACCGCAGCACAUUUGACUCAGCAUUUUACCGCUUUAGUGGCUUCAGGCCAAUGGACAGAAACAUCCUUCCUGCGAGUGAGUACAACCAUUCUGAAAACGAGCCCUCGUACGCCUGUUCCCUCUCCUUCUCCCUCUCGUCGUCCUCCUCCUCCAGUCUCUGUGGUUCCUUUGAAAAACAAGACAACCAAGAGGGCGAACAGGCCAGAAAAAACACAGCUGUUUUCACUGCUCUUCCGCAUAUGGCUGACCUCACAACUUACAUGAUCCAGGACAUCAUUAGUUUCUCCAAAGGUCUUCAGGACUUCCGGUCUUUAAGCAUUGGGGACCAAAUUGCUCUGUUGAAGGGAGCCACAUUUGAAGUUAUGCAGAUCCGCUUCAACAUGGUAUUCAAUGCAAAAAGAGGCACCUGGGAUUGUGGCCAUUUUACAUACUGCAUAGAUGACGCUGUACGAGCCGGCUUCCAGCCGCUCCUGCUGGAGCCUCUGCUCAAAUUUCACCACACACUGCGCAAACUGGGCCUGCAGGAGGAAGAGUAUGUUCUCAUGCAAGCCAUGUCCCUGUUUUCUCCAGAUCGUCCAGGUGUGCAGCAGCACAGUGUAAUUGACGAGCUUCAUGAAAACUUGGCAAUGACGCUGAAAACCUGGAUUGACUGCAAGAGAACAGGACCAGAAAAACACUUGCUGUACCCCAAAGUGAUGGCCUGUCUCACCGAGAUGAGAACAAUGACCGAGGAGUACAGCAAACAAGUUCUGCAGAUCCAGGACAUCCAGCCUGACGUUAUCUCUCCUCUCAUAGUAGAGAUGGUUCGUAAAAACCCCUGUAAUGACUUCUAAUACUGACAUCUACUGUACAUGGACAGCUCAGGCUUCUGGGUCCACCUAUGCUAUUUAAUAAUGAAGACACCAAACUGGAAACCAGUUGAAUGUGAUCAUGGAUUUAAAGAGAAGUAUUUUGUUAUCUGUCUGUUAUUUGUCAAAACCCUAAAGAAUGCAUUUGUCAUGUAACAGUCUUAAGCAUAGACUGCACAACAUCCUGAAAUAAUUAACCUCACAGUCUGACUCCUGCUGAAAUGUAAACUAUUAUCUGUUCUCUGCACACUACCUGUCAGACAGCAUUAAGUUUGUUUUGUUAACUGGUGAAAGUACUAGUGGAUGUGUCAUGUUUGUGUUAUUUGUUUUGCUUACUUUAAGUACAUUUGUAUGUCUAUGAAUGAAUGUCGACUUAAGGUUGUGAGGUUUAAUGUUUUUUUUUCAGACCAUGAAGUCUGUAUUUUCUCAGAGAGAGCUGCAGUUGCAAAGACUAUAUUUGCUUUUUAUAUACGUUACCUCAGGUUGUGUUGAUGCAAUCAUAUAAAACAAAAAUGCUCUACACUCAUUGUAAAUAAAACUUACUAAUGGUGC